CCCUCCUGUGUCCACCUCUUCCCCCCAGAGCCUGCAGACGACGAGUUCCCGCUCAUGCUGGACCCCAUCUCUUCCCUGGGGCUCCAUGACGACCCGGAUGGAGAUGAGGCUGCUAUGGAGCUGACUGGCUCAGGCUCGCCUAGCCCAGAACCUGGGGAAGACCUCUUCGGUGGGAUAGCAGCCGACCACUUGCUGGUCCACGAAGUCCGCAGAAGAGGAGUCAACAUGACCGAGGGGGGUCCCGGUGCCCAGCUCCGAGCAUGUGGCGGAGAUUGUGGGCAGGCAGGGAUGCAAAAUUAAAGCCCUGAGAGCCAAAACAAAUACUUAUAUCAAGACCCCUGUACGAGGAGAGGAACCCAUCUUUAUUGUGACUGGUCGUAAAGAAGAUGUUGAAAUGGCAAAAAGGGAGAUCUUGGCAGCAGCUGAACAUUUUUCCAUCAUAAGGGCCACCAGAAAU